AGUCUGACGUAGGCUCCUCAAGCUAACGGACCGAUACGAGGUGACAUCUGUAGUGCUUUUGUUUGUGUUUUCCCCGUCCCACCCGGCGCUGCAGUCAGUCACGAAGCGCAGCGGCAGCAGCAUGUGUAUCGACGGAUUGGCGAUAAAGUGCGUUAAAACUCCGCGACGCGUGUAUCGACAAAAUAACAGCCCGUUUUGUCGAAGACGCUAACUAGCAACACAGAUGUCUUUAUGGGAGGGAAUGCAUUCGCUGUCGUUGGGGGUAAUGGGAUCUGUGUGGUUAUAUGCAGCCGUCGGUAGGGCACGAGGGCCAGACUGCAACUGAAAGCCCCGGGAUCUCGCUCCAUCUGUAUCUUAUCAUAUAACCACCGGCCAUUCGAGCGUUUGCGUCGUUGUGUUCGGGCUUUCAGGCGGGUGAUCAAACACAUCGGGCUGCAGAUGGGCUUUAAUAUCGGUCUAAUGAAGUAAUUUGAAGCCCAUACUUCAGUCCCAGGGUGCAGUCUUGAGCGUGUGAUGAUAGGAGACACAAUGACGCUUUUGUCUCUUUUGGGUCGCAUCAUGCGUUAUUUCUUGCUCAGGCCAGAGACCUUGUUUCUGUUAUGUAUAAGCUUGGCCCUUUGGAGUUACUUCUUCCACACGGACGAGGUGAAAACCAUCGUCAAGUCCAGCCGGGAUGCCGUGAAGAUGGUAAAGGGGAAAGUGGCGGAGAUGAUGAUGAACGACAGACUCGGCGAUCUGGACGUGCUGGACGCGGAGUUCUCAAAGACCUGGGAGUUCAAGAACAGCAAUGUCGCGGUGUACUCGAUCCAGGGCCGGAGAGACCACAUGGAGGACCGCUUCGAGGUGCUUACCGACCUGGUAAACAGAAGCCACCCUUCAAUAUUUGCCAUUUUUGACGGCCACGGCGGGGAGGCAGCCGCUGAUUAUGUGAAGGCCCACCUACCUGAGGCUCUGAAACAACAGCUGCAGGCCUAUGUGCGGGAAAAGAAAGACAGCUCUCUGUCCUUUCCCGCCAUCCUAGAGCAGCGCAUUCUGGCUGUGGACCGGGACAUGGUGGAGAAGUUCUCUGCCAGCCAUGAUGAAGCGGGCACGACAUGUUUGAUAGCCUUGUUGUCAGACCGUGAACUGACUGUAGCAAAUGUCGGAGACUCUCGCGGCGUUCUCUGCGACAAGGACGGCAACGCUGUGGCCUUGUCACAUGAUCACAAGCCUUACCAGCUGAAAGAGCGCAAGAGGAUCAAGAGAGCGGGUGGCUUCAUCAGUUUCAAUGGUUCUUGGCGUGUGCAAGGCAUCCUCGCCAUGUCGCGCUCACUCGGUGACUACCCUCUCAAGAACUUGAAUGUGGUCACCCCAGACCCAGAUAUCUUGACCUUUGACCUGGACAAGCUCCAGCCGGAGUUCAUGAUCCUAGCCUCGGACGGCCUGUGGGACGCGUUCAGCAACGAGGAGGCUGUGCGCUUUGUGCGGGAACGCUUGGAUGAGCCGCACUUUGGCGCCAAGAGCAUUGUGCUGCAGUCUUUCUACCGCGGCUGUCCCGACAACAUCACUGUCAUGGUGGUGAAGUUCAAGAGCAGCUCUGGGAGCAAAACUGGAGAGUAGUUGGACUCGACUGAAAAACAGCCUCAACCGAUCAAUAAACAGCCUCCAUUGUCUUUCCAUUAAUGCAUAUUGUCAGAGACUAGAUGGUGUAAUAUGAGACAAAAAAAAAGUUCAUCCAAGUACAAUAAACUGUACAGGCACACAAAAGCAUGUGCAAACACAUGCAUUCCCAGAUUUAUUUUACUUUUAUUUUUAUGUUUUAUUUUUUUGGUGUGUGCAAUGGACAC